AUGAAUAGGAAAUUUUGGUCCGAGUACGUCCAGGUGCCGAUCAUUGACUUUUGCUUGGACGGGAAUUGGGGAAGUCCGCCGUUCCCUAUGCCGAUUGUUGAGUCUGUCACGACAAUCGGAGAAGACUCGAUAUUCCCGGUGGCAUUUUCCGGAGAAGGCACGAACCACCUUCGGGAGGCUGACGGCCAGCCUGAGGCCGGUUGCUUUCCUCUCUCCUGA